CACACCACCCCAGGCUGCUGAGGUUGGACACCCCACAGGCCCCAGCCACGUCUGGGGGAUCCUCGGUGAGGGCCAGAGGAGGCACAUGGCUGGGCUUCCCUGGGCAGGGCUUUGCCGAGCAAGAGAGAAGGAAAAGAGAGGCAGGGGCAGGUGGUGCUGCUGGGGACACAGGAGGACCCAAGACACAGAGCUGGGCCCGAAUCACCCUUCAUCUGGAGCAGCUCUGAGGGUGUCAGCUCAGAGUGUGCUGGGGCCGCCGAGAUGAUCCCCAGAUCUCAGGAGCAUCUGGGGGCUGGCUGGGGCUUCUGCCCCCAUUCCUCCUUGAGGAAACAGGCUCUGAGAGCUUCAGAGCCAAGCUCAGUAGCCCCAGUGGCCUGUGGCAGAGCAGAGACUGCUGAGGUUGGGGCCUGCUCAGCCACCCACCCUCUCCUGCCCACACCAUUCAGCAGGGUAAAUAGCCCACAUGACCCUCUCAGCCCCCUGGGGCUGCUGCAGGGAUUGGGGGAUCCUAACACCGCCAAAGGGAGGCUUAGGGAGCCCCAGGCCUGGCUUCGGGAGGGCAGAUGGCACCAGCGCCCCCAGCUGUCUCCUCGGCCCCGGCACCUCCCUCCAAACCUUGCUGCUGCUGACAACUCUCCGCGUAGCUGCAGGCUUUUCUUGGAGACUGGGUCUUGCCUCUUGAGUGUGAGUGUGUGUGUGCACACCUAUGCAGAGGUGAACGUGGAGUGGGACCAGCCAGGGACCAAGAGCAUCCCAGAGAGACCCAGGGCAUGGAGGGGGCCCAGGUCCUGCAGUCCAGGAUUACUGAUAAGUGUCCGCCGCUCUGUGAUCCCUGGAAUUCCAGAAACAGGCCUCCUGCUGAUCCAAUUAAUAAGUUUGCCCAUGUCUGUGUGCAGUGGGGAGCAGGCUGGUGGGGUGGUCAAAUUAGCAAAGCCAGCGUGGGUUCCUUGGUGGCCAGUAAUGAAGCCAGUAAUCAAAGUGCUGAAUCGCAACCUCUUCUCUCCUGGGCACCAGGGCGGGUGGCAGGCGCUGAAAGGUUAAUUUGAGAGUCCCAUGAGGAGCUCGCUCCUGGCUAUGGGGCCGGCCCACGGCCAUCUGUCUGCCCGUCCUGCCCCUGCACACUGACUGUGUGUGGAAGGGUGAGGCAGGGGUUCCAGGGCCAAGGUGCGCACAGCCCCACCCUCUGGCCAACCCCAUCUUCUCCAGAGGGAGAGAGGAGGGAGUAGUGAUCAGUGGUGACAGGCUGGUGCUGGGAAAGAGGAGCCCAGGCAGGGGUGCCAAGGAGCCUCCUGGGCCCACCGUGCAGCUCCCUGUGGCUCUCGGAGACAGCCCCCUGAGGCUCCCUGCUCUAGCACUGCUCUCCCACCAGAGCAACGGCCCCAAGCCCAAGCCAACUUCCCGAGCUCCUUGGUGUGAGCAUCUCUGCGGCCCCCAGGAAGAGGAUCAGAUACUUCAGCACAGGCUCAUGGCCUUCUGCCAGCUGACCCCAGGCCCACCUCUUGUCUGCACCCCCCACCAACUUCCAGGCCCCAGGCCCCAGGCCCCAGGCUCCGGCCACACCAAUCUCCAGGACGCGCCCUGGCCCCACCGGCAUGCUCCCAGCUGUGUGUCCUGCACACAAUGGCCCACCUCCCCACGGAUGGUUCUGACGUUGGUUUCAAGGAGGUCUUGGGCUGAGAGCAGAUGACAGCAGAUGAGACUGCCACAGGGCUGUGCAGCAGUCACGUGAAAGGAGUGGGCCUCGUGUGGUGGGUGGUCCUAGAAGGCAAGGCUCCUGGUAUACCCUGGAAGGAUGGGGAGAGAAAGAGAGGAGUCAAGGAUGCAUCAAGGCACGGGAGAGGACUUGUCUUGCUGCAGGGUGUUGGGGGAGGCUGUGGAUUUGUAGAGGCGAUGGGAGCUCAGCUGCGCCCUGCAGAUCUGUGCUGCCCAUGAGACAAAGGUGAGGCAGUGGAGUUGGGGAGCAGCCAAUGUCAGGGCCUCAGCAGAGAGAUGGUAUUUGCUGGCCGGGGUUGCCACUGGUGAGUGCACACAGGGAAGAAGAUGCUGGAGGCCAGAUCCCUGGGACGUGCUGGUGCCAGGAGGCCAGGAGAUGAGGAGCACCCCACAGAGGAGCCUGAGAAGGGGCAGCCGGAGAGCCCAGUGAGAGUGGGAGGUGCGGGAGCAGGGAGAGGCGGCAUGUCCCUGGCUGCUGAGGGCUCAGAUCAGGUGAAGGCUGAGACAGGACCAGUUCAGUGACAUGGAGGGGACAAGAUCCUGGUAGGCAUUGGUCCCAUCCCGGCAGGCUAGGAGUGAGGAGGCAGAGGCAGCAAGGUCGGACACUUCCAUUGAUCAGGGAACAGGGACUGUACCUGGAGGGUGAAGAGAGGGUUGUUCUCAAUAUGGGAAGAGCAACCACGAGUUUGCCUGCCAGAGAAUGACCGGGAAGCGAGGGAGAAACGGAUGGUUCAGGAGCGAGGGAGACUAGCUGGACCCCCACCUGCAUCUGGGGGAAGCCGGUGGCCACGGUCCGGCCCAGCUGAGGGCUGCUUGGCUGGUCUGUAAAUAACAGUGGGUGGCACUGGGUGUCGGGGCAGAUACUGGUAGGUGGGGCACGUGGAGGUGACAUCUGGGGAAGUUCUCUUUGGAUGGUUUCACUUCUCAGCAGAAAGGGAAGAAAAGGAAGCGAGAUCAUCAGCCUCAGUGGGGAUGGGGAGGAGGUGUUGGGAGUUGGGAGGCAGGAGGGGAAGGCGUGAAGUCACUUUCCAGGAAAGUCGGGGGGAAUGGCACAGGCAUGCCUAGGAUCCCUGAGUCGGUCUGUGGAUGAAUGGAGAGCGAGGCCAUCUGCCCACCGCUGUCUCCUGCCAUCCAUGUGGGUGCAGGAGCCCAGUGGAUGGAGAGAUUGUACCCUUAGUACAAUGAGGAGAGUGAUGGGGAGGAGGCCAUAAUGCUGUCAUUGGCUGCCAAGUGAGGGCAAGGCCGGUGAGGGGCUAUGAGAACCCCUGGUGGCAGUGAUAGAGUGAGGGGCAUCCUCAGGCCUGAGCUGGAAAGAGAGUGGGUGUCAGAAGUGGGACCACACGGGGUCCCCAUGGGUGGAGCACAGUGGGCAUCACAGAGGGUCUGGGAGCUGGGCCUGACUCCCCUCCCGCCUCUAGCACGGCAGCCCCCACCAUGGUGGUCAUCUCUCAGCAAGCAUGUAUUGUGUGUUUCUGCCCACUAGGCUCAGAGCCAGGGUCUCACAUUCCCUGCCCCGAUCCCUCCUUCCAGUCCUGGGCUCCGGAGGCCAAUGCACUCCCUGACCAUCUCUUCUCUGUAGGUUUUGUGGCUGGGAAGAGUCGGGCAGAGCCCACGCUGGGAUUGGGGGCCGGGGUUUGGCCCGCCCUGACUCAGGUGUGGUUGGAAGAGUCCGGCAGAGCCCACGCUGGGACUGGGGGCCUGGGUUUGGCCCACCCUGACUCAGGUGUGGCUGGAAGAGGCCUGCAGAGCCCACGCUGGGAUUAGGGGCCUGGCUUUGGCCUGCCCUGACUCGGGUGUGGUGCUUUCAGCCAUGCAGCUACCCAGGGCCUAGGCUCUUCCUCUAAAAUCCAGGUUGGAUGGAGAUCAGUGGGGACAGCAGUGGACUGUGACCUGCUGAGAGGAGGCAUGGAGGGAUGCCCAGGGACAUAGCCUGCUGCCCCGAGCAGCUCUGCCCCACCCACCCUCCUUGGACACCCAGCUGUCCCCUCACUAGGGGACAGAGUCCCCAGGCCUUCACCCUGCAGGCCUUUCCUGAAAUUGCAGCUGGGAGCUCAGAGCUAGCUGCACUCUCCCCAGGCACCUCCAGUCCUGCAGCAGGCACUGGGUCCCUGACCGGGAGGAGACAGCCCCUGUGCCCUGAUGAGGAGGAGACAGCCCUCAUGCCCUUGCACUGUAGUGCUGGGGUGAGGAUGGAGAAGAGGGCUCCUGACCCAGGGGGGAGGUCAGGGAGCCCUUCCUGGAGGAAGUAAACAGUGAACCAAAGUUCAGAGAGGGCAUGCUCUGAGCAGGGGGUCAGCCUGUGCCAAGGUCCGGGGUGACUGCAGCCGCCCCAUCUCCCUGCCUGGGUUGGCCUGCUUUGCCCUGGCCCUGGGCACGCGCUGGGUCUGCCCACCCUCCGAGGGCUCCCCAGGACAUGGUGUACCAGCUCCCAGCACGUGGUUCUGCAGAGAGAGGGGGGCAGCGGGGCAGAGCUGCGGCUGCCUGAUAAGAUGAGGUGAGAUGAAACAUUUCCUGCUGCAUCCUGACUCCAGUCUCCAGGCAGGAGGGAGCAGUGGCGCGGCCAGCCAGGUCAUCCCGGAGUCGAGGAGCCAAAGGGAGAGGUGUGGCCAGUGAAGGAGGGGGCAGGGGAGGGCAGGGGAGCAAGACGGGAGGCCUUGAGCCCAAGUCCACACCGUCAGGGUGGCCCCAAUUGAGCUGGUGAUGACCGAAGCUCACUCCUCUCCAGGCCACCCCUCCUGGCUGAGGGACCUAGCUCAGCACCAUGACAGUCUCCCCCCUCACUACAUACACAUAGGCCUACACACCGCGUACACACACACGCACAUGCAUGCGUGUGUCUUUCCCCCGGGGGCAGUUGCACAACAGCCAGCGGCCAUGGUGAUGACAUUCAGAGUCCUCUCUGUGCAGGUGGGGUCCCAGUAUCACUGCGGAGGUCAGCCACGGGAUUGCCCAGGCCUGGGCGGGCACGGCUAAGCCCAGAGCAGUGCCAGCAGUGACGGACUGUCCUAUUGGACUCCGGGGCCACCGUGGUUGACCCUCUAGCCACACAGGGAGGCAGACGGCAGCUCGUCAUAAUUGUCUUGCUGUGCGGGAGACACGCACCAGGAUGACUAAAGCGCUACUGUUCACAUUAAAAUCUGGCAUCUCAGUGUGAGGCUGGCCUGGAAUGGAACCCCAGCCGGGCUGUGUGACCUCGGACAGGCCCUGUUCCUUGAGCGCUGUGAACCUCAGUUUCCUCAUCUGGAAAAUGGGGUGGGGUACACACCUCCCUUUCGGGGGUCUGAGGACUAAAUGAAUGGGUGCACACGGUGGGCAGGGGCUGGGGUGCCCCCCACCUUCUGUUGGGAGUGGUCUGCUGUCAGCUUCCAGGCCACACAAAGGACAGAGUCAGCGCAGCAGGAGCAAGUUGGAGGGGACAGAGAGGCUCUGGAGGAAUGAGGGUGGCCAUGGGGGCAGGGAACACAGGUCACCGGCACAGGAGAGGCUCCGCCAGGCGAGGCGAUUCUGCCCACCCAGCCCGGGUUCCCACAGGGCUUGUUGCUGCUCCUUUGAUGGAAGGCUUGGGGCACGAGGCCUUCUGCAGGGAGACCCCAGAUGGCCCUGGCGGGGGGCAGAAGCAGCUCUGCGAGGACUCGGCCCCGGGCCCGUCCAAGGCAUCCCAAGGGUCUGAUGUGGGCUUCCUCCAGGGGCCAACUGGAGGUUCUGCUGGGAAAGACCAGGCGAGGUCGGAGCAGCUUUGGGGACAAAGACCUUCUCCCAGGGCUGAUAUCAACUCACUGGAGGCUGAGAGGGCUGCGCAGCCCCUGGGUGCCCUUGUGCCUCGGGCAGCCCCAAGUUCUGCAGGGCCGGCUGGCCAGGUCCUCGCCCUCGAUCUGGGACAGCGCGCUGCAGGAGCAGAAGGGCGAGCUGCGCAAGCGGCUGUCCUACACCACACACAAGCUCGAGAAGCUCGAGACCGAGUUCGACUCCACGCGCCACUACCUGGAGAUCGAGCUGCGGCGCGCGCAGGAGGAGCUGGAGAAGGUCACGGAGAAGCUGCGCAGGAUUCAGAGCAACUACAUGGCACUGCAGAGGAUCAACCAGGAGCUGGAGGACAAGCUGUACCGCAUGGGCCAGCACUAUGAGGAGGAGAAGCGUGCGCUGAGCCACGAGAUUGUUGCCCUCAACAGCCACCUGCUAGAAGCCAAGGUGACCAUCGACAAGCUGUCAGAGGACAACGAGCUCUAUAGGAAGGACUGCAAUCUAGCGGCCCAGCUGCUGCAGUGCAGCCAGACCUACGGCAGGGUCCACAAGGUGUCUGAGCUGCCCUCGGACUUCCAGGAGCGCGUGAGCCUGCACAUGGAGAAGCACGGCUGCAGCCUGCCAUCCCCGCUCUGCCACCCGACUUACGCCGACAGCGUCCCCACCUGCGUCAUUGCCAAGGUGCUGGAGAAGCCAGACCCCGCCAGCCUGUCCUCUCGCCUGUCCGAUGCCUCGGCCCGCGACCUGGCCUUCUGCGACGGGGUGGAGAAACCAGGCCCGCGGCCCCCCUACAAGGGAGACAUCUACUGCAGUGACACAGCCCUCUACUGCCCAGAGGAGCGGCGGCGAGACCGGCGACCUAGCGUGGACGCGCCCGUGACCGACGUGGGCUUCCUGCGGGCCCAGAACUCCACUGACAGCGCGGCGGAGGAGGAGGAGGAGGCCGAGGCGGCGGCCUUCCCGGCGGGCUUCCAGCACGAGGCCUUCCCCAGCUACGCGGGCUCACUGCCCACGUCCAGCUCCUACUCCAGCUUCAGCGCCACGUCGGAGGAGAAGGAGCACGCGCAGGCCAGCACGCUGACCGCGUCGCAGCAGGCGAUCUACCUGAACAGCCGCGACGAGCUCUUCGACCGCAAGCCACCUGCCGCCACCUACGAGGGCAGCCCUCGCUUUGCCAAGGCCACUGCCGCGGUGGCGGCCCCGCUGGAGGCCGAAGUGGCCCCAGGCUUCGGGCGGACCAUGUCACCGUACCCGGCCGAGACCUUCCGCUUCCCGGCCUCUCCGGGUCCCCAGCAGGCCCUGAUGCCCCCAAACCUGUGGAGCCUGCGGGCCAAGCCGGGGACCGCCCGGCUCCCCGGGGAGGACAUGAGGGGCCAGUGGCGUCCCCUGAGCGUGGAGGACAUCGGCGCCUACUCCUACCCCGUGAGCGCUGCCGGCCGCGCCUCCCCCUGCAGCUUCUCUGAACGCUACUACGGCGGGGCCGGGGGCAGCCCGGGCAAGAAGGCCGACGGCCGCGCCAGCCCGCUCUACGCCAGCUACAAGGCCGACAGCUUCUCCGAGGGGGACGACCUCUCCCAGGGCCACCUGGCAGAGCCCUGCUUCCUGCGGGCGGGCGGCGACCUGAGCCUCAGCCCCGGCCGCUCGGCUGACCCACUGCCCGGUUACGCACCCAGCGAGGGGGGGGACGGGGACAGGCUCGGGGUGCAGCUGUGUGGGGCCGCCAGCAGCCCUGAGCCCGAGCAGGGUUCCAGGGACUCCUUGGAGCCAAGCUCCAUGGAGGCCUCCCCGGAAAUGCAUCCUGCCGCCCGCCUCAGCCCCCAGCAGGCCUUUCCGCGGACUGGUGGCUCGGGGCUGAGCCGCAAGGACAGCCUCACCAAGGCCCAGCUCUACGGAACCUUGCUCAACUGAGCGCCUGCGUGCAGGCCUGGCCGUGGGCCCCUCCCCGCCAGCCCACGUGCCCUAGAGGGGCCGGCCUCACCUCUCCCCAGCCCCCGCUGUUCCCCCGCCCCUGCCAACAAUGAGGAGUCUGUUUCUCCCCGCACCUCCUCUCCUCCCCAACCCUGUAGGCCUGAGAGGAGGAUCCCCCAUACCACGGUGUCCACCCAGCCCCGCCCCGUGGAACUCCACUUAGAACGUUUUUCACACGUCCUUCCCCCAUGUGAGAGGAGCAUCCCCCCUUUUAUAAAGCGAAACUAUUUUUAUAGAGAAAAAGGGUCUUUCUUAACGCACUUGGCCUCCAGCUCCCUGGACGGCUGCCUUGGCGUUUUCAACACAAAGCUCCUUUAUUUUUUGGGUGAGGGUGCGUGGGGCCUGCCCCUUGGAAGGGAAGGGAAGGACGGUGUCCUGUGGAGACCAGACUCUGCAAGUGGGGAGACCACCACCGCAAGCCAGUGACAAGGGAACCCUGAAGUUGUGUCCACGAAGAGGGAGCUGAAACAAAUUCGGGGCUAUGAAGUGUUUUAAAAAUCCAUUUAUCGCAGUGUGGCCACCACACCACCCUGAGCCCUCCCACGGCCCAUAGUCCCAGGUGGGCCGGGAUGAUGCCCCAGUGCAGCCGGUGCUCAUCUCCGCCCCCGGGUCCACCCCGACACCGUCUUACGCUACCUCAGACAUGAUGAGGCCCUCCAUUCCUGGUUUCUGUAGCUUGCAUUCCUUUUGUCUCUGAUGCAUGCUCUGUCAGUUAGUACUGUAUUUUGCAUUCAUUAAUAAAAGACACCGGUGGAAAGAA